AUGGUUGCCAUUCAGCUGAUGCUCGCGCAAUUCCCAAAGCUAGAACAGGCAUUGAAGCAGCAGCAAGUGGUCCGAAUGUUCAAGCUCAAUUCGGGGCGAGAUGAUUUUGCAGUGAUGCUGCUGGAGGAUUAUGUCUCUCAGGUUGUAGCUAGUUUAUCUCAGGUUUCUCUCCUCUCGCGAGGUGGGAAAACAACUGAUAAGCAAAUCUCCGUGCUCAUCAAUGCUGGAUUUCUGGGAAGGAAAGAGGUGACUCAAUUGCUGCGCAAGCGGCAGUCCAAAGAGGCCUUGCUAUCAGUCUUGGAGAAGCGGAAGCUUCGAAGCUCAAGCCUGGGAAUGCGGUUUCACUUGAGAGAUUUACUGGGUUCCAGCGUCCUGGUAUCUGUGGAGACAACCUCUGGAGCUCUCAUUCGUCUUGCAAAGCGAUAA